AUUGAAGCACAGGUGAGUGUACACCUGUAAUAGCCGUUUGUGUGAGGACUCGCAGCAUCUCCACAGUAACCGCACGAUUCACGCCACGGCGUGCUGUGUUGAUAGAUUUAAAGACUUCACCCGCCGAUGCUGGCGGGACGUCAGCGUCUGCUGCUUGUGCUCUGCAGGUGUGAACACCUGAGCUCAGGCUGUCUGAUUGGACGGCUCCAGCUGAUGGGUCUGUUUAUUAGGCUGUCACAGCAAGCACAAGGUGAGCGCGGACAGGUGAUGAUUUCACACAACUGAGCAGUUCCAGUGAUGUCACAGGGAUCCCAGGCUGCAUAGUGUUCGUGGCACAGGUCAGACCAGGCGAGCAGCACGGUUGGUGGAAAAACAAAACGGGUGGAGACGGAACAACAGGGUCAGCCCGGGGCCAACAAAGCUUGUUACAGUCAAAGUUAAUGAAAAUGUUUGGGGAUGUGUGGUGCCGUUCAUUCAUCCAACAGGCAUUCGUCACAUCUGCAGGUUUACUUCACUGCAUGCUGCUGACGCCCACCUGCAGGAUCGUGAACUGUACAGAGUGACUGUAAUGAGUGCAACCAUCCGUUACCACGGUCCUCCUGACCCACCUGGGCUUCCUUCAGGUGUGCUUGUAGUGAAGGUUUACCUUCCCUGACGCGAAGUUUACAUGUGUUCGUUUUCUUUCGUUGUGAGUGUACUAAACAGUUCUUAUUUUAUUUCUAGCCAGUAUCAGAUGAAUCUGACCCCAGAUCUGCUUUCUGUGUCCCUGAGAGCACCAUGCAGCCUUCAGUCUCAGUAGGUGUAAGUACAAACUAAACCUUAUUUAAACUACACUUUAACUGACCCCUGCUCUCUCCUUUGACUGCCUCUCUCUCAUUCUCUUUUUGAUGUCGAGCUCUUUUGUCUGUAUUCAUUUACACUCUUACUGAUGUGGAUGAAUCCCUGAGCAGCGACAGAUCAGGUUUUAACACGAUUCCUGUCAGCUGCGCUUUAUUUUGCAAAUCACACAACGUGCACACACCUGAGCUGAGCUGCGAUUUUGAGUUGUAGGGGCCGCCGUCGUUUGGAUGCUAGGUUAAAGUUAUUCCGGUUACCCGCCCUCGGGUUAAAGUUAUUCCAGUUACCCGCCCUCGGGUUCAACGUUACUCCGGUUACCCACCCUGGUACCGUUGAGGUAUUAUGGCUCAGUGAGCAGUUAUUGCAGCUGUCAGCUGUUUUCUGACGCGCAGGAGGACGUGAGAGCGUAGCUGUUGAAACAGUGCUCGGAUUCAUAAAGGCUGAAGGUGAACCACAGUUCUUUCUUUCACACUUGGAAUUCUUUGCAUGAUUAUCUGGGUUGGAGCAUGUGGGAAGCCGUGACUGAGAAAGGUCUGAAAAGCCUUUUUAUUGUGAGGCGAAUGAUUACUGGAUGCCGAGUGAGUGCAAGCAGCCUUUCUUCUUUGGGUAAGCUGCUUAUGGAGCGCAGGGUUCAGGAGGAAGCGGGUGAAGCUGCUCUGCUUUCGCUCUUGUUAUUCUUGUUAAUAACACCCACUUUUACAAACUGCAGUUUUGUGUUUUCUGCUUGUUUGUUUUGAAUCGUGUUUGUGGGGAGACUCCACCCCCUCGCCCUUGUGCUGAAGGAUUUCUGCAGGUGGAGGACAAUGGCGAGAAGGUCUGCUGCUCUGUUUCUGCUGCUCUGCUGCUCUGUCAGUCGGGGCCAGUCGGAGGCUUCUGUCCCCCCGCCGGCGGUCAUCUCCCAGGCCCUCCCCAUCCUCUGGGAUGAACUGCGAGGGCUGAAGGAGCUGGUGCUGAGCCUGAAGGCGGAGGAGGUGGGCCGGCGUCAGAUCCUGAGGAGGGUGGAGAGCUGGCUGAGGGAUGGAGAGGUGCAGGCCGAGCAGCAGAGACGGAGCCUGGAGGGACUGAAGGAGGAAGCGCUCCGACAGGCGGAGGAGCUGAGGGGGAGGGUGGAGGAGCUGGAGGAGCAAAGCAAAGCUCGAGCCGCCGACGUGUCGACACUUCAGUCCAGGCUGAACAGCAGCGAGCGCUCGACGGACGACCUGAAGAAGAAGAACUCGGCUCUGGCGGCGGAGCUGCCGUUCCUGCAGACGAGACUGAGGGCGAGCGAGAGCACCGUGGAGCAGCUGAGGAGGAAGAACGCAGUGUUGGCGGCCAGACUGUGUAACGCCGAGAGUCUGAUGGAGGAGCUGAGGCAGCAGAUCUCAGAGUUUCCGGCCUCCAACGCCUCGUCUCUGACGCCUGACAUGUUGGAGCUGGAGGCUCGACUGGGCGCCCGUCUGGAGGAGCUGAGCGCUGACGCUGAAGUGGAGUCGGCGGACGUUUCGGCGCUCGGCAGCAGGCUGAGUGAGGCUGAACGCCGCUUGGAUGAGCUGCACACACAAACCUCAGCUGUCACAGCCUCGUGGGAAGAAAACCUGUCGGCUGUGAAGAGUCAGGUGCAGCAGCUGGAGCUGACCGGCACAGCUCAGACCGACUCAGUGAAGCAGCUGCAGCUUAAACUAAACUCCACAGAGCAUCAGAUCCACGAGCUGCAGACUGAAACAUCAGAUCAACGCUCCAAACUGACGAAGCUGCAGACAAACGUGAGCGCGAGCCUUCAGGGCGACCUGAACACAGAGAUUAUGAACCAACUGAGAGAUGGUGAGAAACGGCUGGAACAGCUGAAGGCUGAGCACACAGCUCAGACCGACUCAGUGAAGCAGCUGCAGCUUAAACUAAACUCCACAGAGCAUCAGAUCCACGAGCUGCAGACUGAAACAUCAGAUCAACGCUCCAAACUGACGAAGCUGCAGACAAACGUGAGCGCGAGCCUUCAGGGCGACCUGAACACAGAGAUGUUCACCAGGCUGAGACGUGGAGACAAACAGCUGGAGCAGCUGCUGUCUGAGCACACAGGCCGUGACAUCGAGCUGUUGGCCACGAAGCUCAGACUGAACGUCACCGAGCGGCAGGUGGACGAGCUGACGACACAAAACACAGUGCGAGCCGCUGAGCUGGAGUCUGUUUCGGACCGACUGACGGCGGCACAGAGACGCGCUGAUGAGCUGCAGGUCAGGCUGAACCAGCUGAGCGCCUCGUCCGAGGAAGCAGGUGAGCUCAGGGUGGCGUUUUCAGCCGGUCUGACCGAUUCGGGGUCAGUGGGACCGUUUGAUGAAGAAACAACUCUGAUCUUCUCCAAAAUCAUCACCAACGUCGGCGAAGCCUACAACCAGACAGCAGGUGUUUUCACGGCUCCUGUCAGCGGACUGUACGUCUUCAGCUUCACGGCUGCAGAUUACCUGAAAGGCUACAUGGGCCUGUACCUGUACAAGAACGACAAGCCGAUCGUCUUCAGCCUCGACCUGAACGACCACGGCGGCUACGCCUCCACGAGCAAUGCCGUGUGUCUGCAGCUAGAGGAGGGCGACCGGGUGCACCUCGGCCUGCCGGCCAGCUACCGCCUCUAUGACGACUCGCGAAACUUCAGCGUGUUCUCCGGCUUCCUGCUGUUCCACCUGUGAUGGCGACGUCCUGGGAUGCACCCAGAUUAUCCAACCUUUGUACGGCAGAGCAAACAGGAAGUGGGAUGAAAGAGGCCACGCCCUUAAUAACGCAAACUUUACUCUUUACUCUUUAAUAUAACGUAAAGCGGAGGAAAUGAUCCUGUAAACAGGUUUAACGAGUCUCACUGCUGCUGUUUCUGCUCCAGUGAUCAUUUCAUGGAAAAGUCUCAGGAGGAGCGUGACUU